AUGGAGGAGUACAAACCGUGUGCGGCCAUGGUGGUGACGCAGUGCAUCUACGCGGCUCUAGCGCUCUGGUCCAAGGCGGUGUUCACCGGCGGCAUGAGCCCCCUGGUCUUCGUCGUCUACAGGCAGGCCGUUGCCACCAUUGUGCUCGUCCCCGUCGUCAUCGCGGCCAACAGGAGGAAGAUGAAGGAGAUGAUGGGCCGCCUUGGAAUGACAGGCUUCUCCUUGGUCUUCGUCGCGUCUCUUGUCGGGGCGACAGUGAAUCAGUGUUUGUACUACCAAGGGGUGAAUCUGGGCUCGUCAUCGAUGGCAACGGCCAUGACCAACUUGAUUCCGGCCAUCACCUUCGUCAUGGCAGCAUCAGUCGGGCUAGAGAGGGUGGACGUGAGGAGGCCGAGGAGCCUGGCCAAGAUCUUGGGCACGGCCGUCUGCGUCAGCGGCGGGCGGCAGCAGGUGCCCAUCUGCAAGUCGUACGUGGACCCGCUGGCGCUGUCGGCGUGGAUGUGCCUCCUGUCCACGCUGCAGUCCGCGCUGCUCGUCGCCUUCCUCCUGCCGGACCCGACCGCCUGGAGGAUCCACUCGCUCUUCGACCUCUCCUGCUGCCUCUUCUCGGGGGUGUUCGGGUCAGGCGUCACGUUCUACCUGCAGUCGUGGAGCAUCUCAGUGAGGGGACCGCUCUACUCCGCCAUGUUCAACCCGCUCUGCACCGUGAUCACCACCGUGUUCGCCGCCGCCGUCCUCCGCGAAGAGCUGCACGUCGGCAGCUUGCUGGGCGCGAUCGCCGUCAUCGCGGGGCUGUACGUGGUGCUGUGGGGCAAAGCGGGCGACGGCAAGAGGGCCGGGAUGGAGCCAGAGCAGCACUCGGAAGAUUUGGAGAAGACGUCGGCGCGGUCGGACUCGACGGUCGACGUCGGCAGUGGCAUCGCCGAGCCCCUCCUGGCGGCCGGCGAUGAUCCAACGGAGAAGUAG